CCCAAAUGAAUUAACGUAAGGCAGACGGGGAAACAUGGCAGCCUCCGCCGACAGCAACUUGGACAUCUCAGCCUCUAUCGCUGGUCUUUUGACGGAAGAACACUGCACAGACCACUUGCAAGUUUUAAAAAAAUUCACGGCUGUGCUACGUGACAAAGAAUACAGAGAUGCUGUGGGCGAGGAGACGUUCUCCAGCCUGCUGAAGGUCUUGUCCCGACUGUGUGAUGACCUUCUGGCUGUCAGCUGUGAGGAUGUGGAUCUGCAGUCUGUCGGCCUGCAGCUGCAGUUGACCGCUGAGUGCUUCAGGGCUCAGAGGAACGCCUGUGUACAGAGUACUCGCAACCAGAGUCUGCUCAGGGAGCUUGGUUUCAUCAACGUAACCAUUAAACUCCUGAGCUUCCUUCAGACCACACGUGUGGAGAGCAGAGAUGGCAUAUUUGAAUCUCUUCGUAUUGGAAUCCAGUUCCUCGGUAACAUGUCGGUUGGAAACCAAACAUGUAAAGAUGACAUUUGGCAGCGGAGCUUUCCGAAUCUUCUCCUGCAGCUGCUCAGUGUUGAUGAUGACAAGGCAGUACACUACGCCUCUAUGGUACUCCACACGUGUCUGGAUGAAGCCAAGGUGGAAGAACUUUCUGAGCCUCAGAACAUCCAGCUGGCACUCAGGGUGAUGGAGCUCUGUAGGACCCAACCUGAUCUGGACUGGACGGUUCUCAUUGCGACCCAGCAUUUCCUCAAAUCUUCAACCCUGGUGGAGAGCAUGUACUCUGGCAUGUCACACCAUGAAAGAGUUACUCUGUUGGAGCUGCUCUCUGCCCAGCUCCAAGAGGAGGCCUCAGAGGAGUGUGGCAUACCUCCCAAUGUGGCUCGCUUCCUGGCCACCUCCUUCCAGAAAGGUUGUGGGGCUGUGCUGACACUCGCCACUGGUUCUGCGUCCAGUGAUGAGCUUGUUUGCAAUCCCCUGCAGGUCCUGCAUGAAGCCCUGACCGUGAUUAGUCUGCUGGACGUGCUGUGUGAGAUGACCUCGGAUCACAGGCAGUUCAUGUUUCUCCAAGACCAUCCUGACCUUCUAGUGACUAUUGUUGAGCUCCUGCGGCAAGUACAUGUUAUAGGGAGGGCCAGUAAGAACAUUUUUAGUGCUGCCCAGAACUUCUCCUCCUUAAGUGGCGAUGACAACCCUACCGCCCAAUCUCCUGUCAUCAGCUUCAAGGCCCAUCUCAUCAGGCUGAUAGGAAACCUCUGUUACAGCAACACCGACAACCAGAACAAGGUCCGAGAACUGGAAGGCAUUCCCCUCAUCCUGGACAACUGCAACAUAGACAGCAACAACCCAUUCAUCAGCCAGUGGGCCAUCUUUGCCAUCAGGAACCUCCUGGAACACAACACGCAGAACCAGGAGCAGAUCGCCAGGCUGGAAAGGCGGGGCACCGCCGACUACUCCGCACUCAGGGAGUUGGGUUUCCUAGUGGAGGAGCGAGAUGGAAGCCUGCUGCUCAAAACUGUCAGAAAAGACUCUUGAAGGCCUCCGAGGAGCGGCCAGGCGAGAGAAGGCUCUCCACCCACGAGCAGGUUUUCAUGUGUAGUAUUUGUUUAUGAAAGAAUACAGUACUGUACUCUUGUUUUGCUACUAGCCUAAUAUUACCUAAUACUUGAACCUCUGCGAGUGGUUUACCUCUCAGGAACAACAUUCCUGUCCAGAAUAACUGACAGUAACCCUGCGGGCAGAUUAAGAACAACUCUUCUCAUCAGAGAAGUAUGCAUAAAUUACUUACCCUACAUUUUUUUUAGUAACGCUUCCACUCUUUUGCAAGAUGGGGUGUGAGGUAUUCUUAAUACAGAAAAAGACCCCUGGGGUCCCCCUGGUGUGAAAGCAGAGGUCAAGACCUCAGGAGCUGUGGUUUUGUCUUGAGCCGAGUCUGGGAAAUGAAGAGAUUGGGAGAGGCGAGCACACGCUGGCUCCUUUUGGCCGGGCUCAUGCUUUGUGGUUUAAUCCAAAGACAAAGAGCCUCACAGUGUCCAGACUUUUCACUUGUCCCAGACACUGAUGUUACCAGCAGGGGUAGGGGUUUAAUCCCAGGCCCAGAGUGACUUCUGCAGGGACCCCAAGAACCGAAGAUGACCAAAACAUGAUGUAAUCAACCCCCUCACUGCCUUAGCUACUUAAAUAGUGGUUUCGUUGCCACAGUGACUUCCAAAGGUUUACAACUAUUUAUUUGAACAGGCGUGACAUUCAUAUUAUAGUCUAAUGUCUUGAGUGAAAAAUGCAAUACAUAAACUAAUAACUGAUGCUAUGCAUGUUUUGCAUUUAAAAGCAAUCAGUAUACAGCAUGUCACUUUCUCGCCUUGUAUUGAAGCUAUAGAACGAAUGGUUUUCAUACUGAUAGUCCAGUUAAUUUCAUCUUAUUACUUGUUUUAUUCAUAAUCUCUUAUUUCCAUGCUAUUGAAAUAUACUAGUUGAACCAGAGAUAAGGGCUCAUCCUCUCACCCUGAGCAAGCUGUAUUCGACUUUGGCAAAGACUUAGUGAUUACUGUACUCCCUGUAGCCGCGUUUGUUUGCGUUCUUCUUCUUUUGACGUGAUGGAGCGGUCCGGGGCUCAGUGGACAACAAGCGAGAUCAUUGAGGGGGUCAGUGAAUGACAUCGCUCGCUGCGCCUCCCGUUGCUGGAUAAGCUGAACGGUCCUGACACCUCAACAAUGGCGCGCUUUGCUGGCCCGCUCACGCCCUGCUCCACCCUGUUUGCUCUGCCUCUGAUUUUUUUUUUUUAUGACAAAAUGUAUUGAAACAAUCGGCUGGACUGUCCCCCCCUCAAUCCGCCGGCAUAGUAAGGAGAGCUUAUGCGAUUCCGGUCCCCGGGAUUUCAGACGGCUAACAAAACAGCGGUUACUUGCGCUCGACUGGCCGGCUGCAAUGCCUUUCAGCCCCACAGGAAGGAGGCUGUGCGAGUCAGCCGGCCUGAAUGAGGUGGCAGGGCCGCCCGCUCGCCUCCCAACACAUGAGCUCACGUCAGUCGAGGCCAGAAGUUCUUGUUUCCCAUAUCAGCGUUUUAUACCGCAGGCCUCUACUGUAUUGUAAUGGUGCCUUCUGGUUGGAUAUGUGCUUUGACAAAACAAAAAACGCUUUGUCGGGGUGUUAAGUAUUAUCGAUGCUUUGGUCAAACAAUG